UAAAAUAGUUCCUUAUUUAGGGGAGUGAAGUGUCCCAACCGCCAUUGCUUUUCGGUGUGGUGCAGGAAGCGAUGAAUUUGAGUUUAAUCAGAGUGGGUUUACCGUCAAAAACUGUCCCUGACAUUCCAUUUUAAAAAGAUAAAACCAUAUCUCAUACAUCAGCCAUAUUGAAUAGAAAUAUACUGUAGGAGAAAGAGAAUUUGACGAGAAAAGAUCUCUACGGUGGCGCCUGUGCUAUAGUAGCCACAAUGGGGAAGCUAAUAUCUAAGAUAUUUGGGAACAAGGAGAUGAGAAUUCUCAUGUUAGGACUAGACGCAGCAGGGAAAACCACUGUAUUGUACAAACUCAAAUUAGGUCAAUCUGUCACAACCAUUCCAACAGUAGGAUUUAAUGUAGAAACUGUUACUUAUAAAAAUGUCAAAUUUAAUGUAUGGGAUGUAGGGGGCCAAGAUAAAAUCCGUCCCCUAUGGAGACACUACUAUACAGGCACCCAGGGGCUGAUAUUUGUUGUGGACUGUGCAGAUAGAGAUAGGAUAGAUGAAGCCCGCCAGGAACUCCACAGAAUUAUCAAUGAUAGAGAAAUGAGGGAUGCAAUCAUCUUAAUUUUUGCCAAUAAACAAGAUCUACCAGACGCAAUGAAACCACACGAAAUACAAGAAAAGCUCGGACUGACAAGAAUACGUGAUCGUAACUGGUAUGUUCAGCCAUCAUGUGCAACAACGGGAGACGGGUUGUAUGAGGGAUUAACAUGGCUCACAUCGAAUCACAAGUCAUGAUAUGGAACUGUUCUAGGGCUCUUAGUCAAAAACAGGUGCUUGACUGCGUACCUUGGGAUUACAGAGAAACAUUUUUUGCCAGCUGUAAGCCGGGAUGGUGACUUAGUGCUGCUACUGCAGUGACACUGGGUGACAUUAAUAACAGCAGCAGCAGUUUUGUUCAAACACCUCGCCGUCAAUGUGAUUCAGUUUCCUUUAAAAAAAGCUUAAGUCAUAAUAUAUUAAGUAUUGAGGCUUAAAUGAUUCUUAAGAGUUACCUAGCAACAAUAUUAUUAUUUAACAAAGUGAGGAGGGGGCUUCCUGUUAAUGUAAAAAUGAUUGGAAAAAAAGUAGAGACCAACUUAUGAUAAUUUUGAACUGAAAAGUGUGAUCAAAGUUGUUCUUGAAAACAUACGGAAAGUUUUUAUAACCCAUUUCUAACAUGUUUGUUAUCAUUUUCAUGGUAGACCAGUGGUUUUCUGUCAUCAGAUAAUGUUGCAAGCACAAGGUGCUGCAAAAGUAGAACUCUGGCGCCUUGGUUAAUCGUCUGUCACUUCGACUGGUUCAAUUUAUCGUCUCGGAUUUUUUUAAGUUAAGUGCAUCAUAUACUGUUGCUAAAUUAUUUUUUGAAAACAAGAUGAAAAGUUAAUGCUGAAAGUUGUGGAGUAGCAUUUUAGCUGCAAUUUUUUCUUUUAUAUGAUUGCAAAAAAGGGUUGCAACUGAUUCCAGAAGUUCAAGAAACCCCACUUAUAUUACUAAUACUUAAAUAGAUAGCUGCCAUUAACAUGUGUACAGCUAAAUAUUGUACACUGGUAUAGAGAACAAUUGGUUGUAAAUAUAUAUAUAUUAUUAAAAAAAGACUACUUUUAAAACAGCAGAGGUGCAUAUUUAAAAGACAUUUGUCUAUAGCCCUGUGUUUGAAUGCUUGCUUGGUAUUGUUGAGUGUAGAAUAGCAAAACCACAGUUCUGAAUGCUGGUUGAGCACAUAUGCCAUCCCCCUCCUACUUAUUCCAUAUCUUGUGCAAAAUUGCAUUGUAAAAUGAAUAUUUGUAUAUAGAGGUCAACCAAGAUGGCUUUGUGUAUGUUAAUAGUCUUGCGAGUAUACAUUCUACCAUCAAGGCAUGAUUUUGUACUCACAACAUCACAUUAAAUAUUUCAAAACAAAA